AAUGUUGAGUAAAUCAGUCAGAUUAAAGAGUUCAAAUACUGAAUGUUAUGAAAAAAGAACAAUAAUUAUUAUAUUUCUGAAGAAUACUGAGGUAUUGGCAAUUUUGAUAAUUAAAUAUAUUAAAUAUAUUUCAUACUUCUAAAGACCAUAAGUUUUGAAGAACUUAGAAUUAAUUAAACAUCUAAAAUGGAUAGAAGAAUAUGGUUCAAAAAGCUACAUGGAAAGGAUAGCUUAUAUAAGGAGAUGUAAUAAAUUAAGAUUGAAAUUGAGUUUAUAUUUAGAUUGUAAAAAUAAAUUAAAAAUAAAGUAAUAUUAUAAGCUUAUUUACAAGCAAAAAUAUUUAUAACUGAAGGAAAUUUAAUAUAUUUUUCAGUAGGAAAUUUUGGAAUGA